UUUUCUUCCUUCUCCAUUCUCUCACUCCCUGUGUGUGUGUGUGUGUGUGUGUUAAAUUGCCCUCCUGUGACUCCGCCCACUCAGCAACAGCUCAAUGAAAACUUUCCAUGUAAAACGGAGGCGGCUUUGGAGUCAGUUUGUUCCCGGAGAGAAGAAGCUCAGACUCUCCUUCUCCUCCAGCCUGAAGUUCUCCUCCAGCCUGAAGUUCUCCACCAGCCUGAGGUUCUCCACCAGCCUGAAGUUCUCCACCAGCCUGAGGUUCUCCACCAGCUUCAUGUGGAUGUUGGUCGCCUGCUCUGAGUUAGUCGGUCGUGUAUUGGAGUGAGUGAGUGUGUGAGUGAGUGAGUGAGUGUGUUGUGUGUUUUGGAGUGUGUGUGUGUGUGUGUGUGUGUGUGUGUGUGUGUGUGUGUGUGUGUGUGUGUUGCGCCAUGGCAGCAGUGAAAGCUCUGCAGCAGUGGUGUAAGGUCCAGUGUGAAGGUUACAGAGAUGUGUCCAUUACUAACAUGACCACCUCGUUCAGAGACGGCCUGGCGUUCUGCGCGCUCAUCCACAAACACCGACCCGAGCUAAUAGACUUUGACUCCUUGAGGAAAGAAAACGUUUACGAGAACAACCACCUGGCGUUCAGAGUGGCAGAGGAGGAGCUGAGCAUUCCUGCUCUGUUGGAUGCAGAAGACAUGGUGGCUCUGAAAGUUCCUGAUCGUCUCAGCAUCCUCACCUACGUCUCUCAAUAUUACAACUACUUCCACGGCCGCUCUCCCAUCGGGGGUUUGGCAGGUGUGAAGAGGCCAGCUGAAGAGCCCAUCGAUCGUACGUCAGGGGUGAAGAACCAACCGGUUACAGCUAAAGUGUUCAGCUCGCCUAAAACUGACACGGACACCAAGAGAGACGUUCCUGUAGAACGCUCGGAUAAAUCUGGCACAAUAAACAGAGGCUGCAGUAUCUGUAAUAAACACGUCCACCUUGUUCAGAGACACCUCGUGGACGGGAAACUCUACCACAGAAACUGCUUCAAAUGCAGCGAAUGCUCCAACAUUCUCCUCUCUGGAACUUACAAACCUGGAAAAGAGCCCAACACUUUUAUCUGCAAGUCACACCAAAACACACAGAAAGUUCUGCUCGCUCAGGUCCCACCACCUGCACACUGUAUCCCAACUACACCACCCAUCACCAAGUCACCACCCAUCACCAAGUCACCACCCAUCACCAAGUCACCACCCAUCACCAAGUCACCACCCACUGCAAAGGACAUCACGCUCAAGAGUGUGGGAAAAGACUCCACCCAGCCUAAGCUUUGGCUAAAGAGUAAGAAUGAAAGUUCCUCUGCCCCUACAACUGCCCCUAUAUUUUCCCCUAGACCUUCGCCUACACCUUUCCCUACAGCUGCCCCUACACCUGCCCCUACACCUGCCCCUACACCUUCGCCUACACCUUUCCCUACAGCUUCUCCGCGCUAUAAACCCACAACAUCCAACUCUGUGGCCGCGACAGUGAAAAGUCCCGCCGAACAGAAAGUACUCACAGAGACGCCUAAAGGCCCGAGCAGCUCAGUCCUGAGGAACCUGGAGGCCAGACAGAGAUUCUUUGAGUCCAGUAGUAGCCCCGUCAGCUCCGUGUCAGUCACUAAGGGCAGCACAGCAGCCCCGGCUAAUGAAAAGCCAGUAGCAGGAGGUGCAGGAGCUGCCGGAGGUGCAGGUAAAGGCAAGCUGCUGCUACGAGCAGGCGACUGGACGAAAGAAAAGGAGAAUGAUAGUGAUAAGGAGAAAGCGAAGUCUGUCAUUAGCAAGUUUGUGAUUGACGAGACCAGCAAAAACAGCAGCUCACCUUCUUCACAAUAUGGUGGACUGAGAUCUACUGCUAAGAGUAAUGUUUCACCCGUACCUGCUGCCAGUAAAGGGCCGACCACCAGAGUGCUGCUGAAAGCACCGGACAUGGAUUUAGAGCUGAGUACAAACCCCAGUUCAGCUAAAACCUCCAGCUGGCUGCGUUCCAGAGAUAAAUCCCCAGCUAGAGCAGCUACUACACAGCCGACUGACAGCAAGGCACCCGAUACAGCGCCUUCAGACUGGAGAGCUAUGCUCAAACCUGUGGCCAAGACCCCAAAAUCCAGAAACUCUCCAGACUCCACACCGUCUAGCGAACCGAAGACGUCUACAGGGUCUCGGCCCUGGGACUCGCACACGAAGAGCUCCUCUCCUUCGCCUACUGCUUCUCUUUCUAGGAACAGCAGCAGCGCCACGAAAUCUCCCUCGACCAGUGUGCUGGAAAACAGGACGCCACCUAGCCAAGGCAAAGAGGAAGGACUUCAGAACUACAACAUUGGAAGCAGCAGCACGUCACAUUCAAAUUCCUCUUCAACACCAAAGACGCAGAAGCCGUUGAAGCCGGGCCACAUCCCCAGAGAAGAGAUCCUGAGGGAACUGAAAGAGAUUGAGAUGCAGCUGAAUGAGCUGGAAAAGAGCGGAGUGGAGUUGGAGAAACAGCUCAGACAGUGUGAGGAGGAGAACCAAGAGGACGUGUUAAUGAACGACUUAAUGGUGGACUGGUUUAAUCUCAUCCGAAAGAAACAGGUUUACAUCCGGCGAGAGUCCGAGCUGGUCUACAUUGGAAGAUCUCAGGACCUGGAGGAGGAACAGCCUAAUGUUGAGGCGGAGCUUCGCAAACUGAUGGAAAAACCAGAACAUCUGAAGACUUCACAAGAUAAAAAACGAGAAGAGGAACUGAUGGCCAAACUGGUGGAAAUAGUCAAUGACAGAAAUGCUAUUGUGGACGGGCUCGAUGAGGACAGACUGAGAGAGGAAGAGGAGGAUGAGCAGUUAAAUAAGAUGUUGCAGAAUCUUGACAUAAAGAAAGAAAAGAAGAAAAGAUCGUCCAUGUCCAUGUCCAGGUUGUUUGGCUGGAAGAGUAAGCGCGAGGCCGCUGAGAACUGAUCGUGUCCGUGUGUGUUGUGUUGAGGAAAGGAAAGCAAUCAUGGACAGAUUUUACGUAUAUUAUAUUCAGGUGUUCAGAUACUUUCAGAUGGUUAUUUCUGAGAUCUAAAGAAAGUCAUUUUCACCAGAUAACUGCCUAAUCUUUUUUUUUUUUGAUUAAUAGGAGCUAGCUCCUGACAUCUGAUCCCUUCUUUAAACUGGUACACUACAGAAUAGCAGGUGUUUAUGUAUUAUUAGUAUGAAGUGACCUACAUCGUUUACACUGUUAGCUAUCAAACUAGCAGGCUAGCUACCUGCAUACAAAGCUAGCUAAUUGGGUUAUCCUGCUAAACGGCUCUAAACUAUGCACUAGAUAAGAUUAGAAAGGAGACGGGAUUUCUGUAGCGAUCAUCAUGUGGCAGAAUUCUGAGAUAAUAUGAUGCAACUGCGGCAUUCUGCUGCAAAAAUGAAGAAAAGCUCUGCAGUGUGUUUUCGUCUGAGUGGAAAUGAGCUUCCAUACAGAUCAGAUUAAUAUUCUAACCUGGGAAUUGACCUCUGUAACGCAGAAGUAUAUAUUUGAUGUAUUUUCCUGUUGUUGAUGGAGCUGUAUGUACACGCGAGCGCAGCGCCGAGCUCUAAAGCGAUGUAUUUCUAAAGUACUGGGUUUAUUAGAGAACAUGAUGAGUAGAUAAAUACCGAUUCAUAUUGAAUCACAUAUUGAGUCUGUCCAGAACUUGAGUGUUGAGAUUUUACAGAUAGUUUUAGUCUUAUUCUUAUGAUCAGUUAAAUCCCCAGAAUAAAUUGGGUGUAGUUCCACAGUGUGACCUGCAGGAGGCACUCAGUAUCUUACGCCAGACAGAGGAACAGUUCCAGUUUCUGGAAAUGCAGGGAACAGUGUAAUUUUUUUGAUUGCUGAUUUCUUGGAAAAAUGUGGAAUGUACAUAGAAUAUGAACGUGUCAGUGUUACCCAAUUAAAUUAUUAGUAUUUAUGUUCGUAAAUGCCGAAUGUUUGGAUUACCACGCGCAAAAAGUGAUGGAAUUUGUGCCAUUUUUAAAAAAAAGUAUGCUUUGAAUUUCAGAUGUAAAAUAAUGACAUGUAAGAGGAUCAAUAAAGUUUUUUAAAAAGUU